AUGGAGCAAAGAGAGCGACCUGUCCACGAUUACAGCACACUGGAGGUUGAUCAAGGAGCACCCUUACCGGAGUUGGACGACAGCCAUAAUCUACCGCAGGUCAUACCAAAUGGCGAUCUGCCAGAGGUGAGGCCGAGUGGCAAUUCUCCAGAAGUCUUGGACAAGCAUGAAGCUCCAGGGGCCAGUGGAGCAUCAACGAACAAAUCAAAAAUAUGCUGUCUGCGUAGGAAGACAUUCUGGCUUGUGUUAUCUGUGGUAUUGCUAGUCGCCGUUGCAGUGGCCGUAGGAGUCGGCGUUGGCGCAAGUCGAAAGCACGGGAAAACCGAGGAGAGAAACAAACCAAACAACGGCGCGACCGGCAGAGGAAACAGCACAGACAGCACACCAAAGGCUGGGCGCAUCGCCUCAUUUUCACGCCUCGCUGCUGUAAACUACACGGACCGGCAGAAUCGAGAUCACUCCCAAGUGUACUACCAAGACAACAACCUCGAUAUAUGGCUGGCCGACCUCGACACAACAGCCCAGACGUGGAACUUGACCAAAACAAACACCACUGGGAUGGAUCCGAAGAACGGAACGGCUAUUUCGGCCAACAACUGGCCGUGGCCCUCCGGAGCACAACGCUACGAUUUUCACACGCGCUUCAUAUCCGCCUCCAACAAGAUCCGCGCGGUCUACGUCAAAGAAUCACUGCUCACUAACCCAUGGAAGCACUUCGUCGUCGCGGACAACAUCUGGCAAGCGACGCCCGACUCGUCCCUCGUGGUACACGGUGGCGACUGCGGCUCCUCGUUCUGCGACGGCACCGAAUUCGUGGUGUUCCGGUCGGCCAACAAGGGCGACCCCAUCGCCGCGGCGUAUCCGCACGUCAAACUUGGCUUCGAAUCCAUCUUGCCCGACGACGACGACAUGGUCGUCGCGGACAACGGCACUGCACUGGCGAAGGCGCCGAUUCCGGCCCUGGCGUGGCGAAACGACACUUUUCCGCGCGUGGCCGUGUACAUCAGCGCGAACAACGGCAGCCUGAAGGAGGUGUACUACGCGACCGGCAGGUCGUGGAACGUCACCGAUAUGAGCGUGCCGAACAUGACCCUGGAUGCCGGAAGCCAGAUGACGGCCAUGUCGUACAUCGAUGACGACGGCCUGCUGUACGUCCAGGUGCUGGUGACGCGUGCCGGAGGUGGCGUGAUGGUGGCGUAUCUGGACGGCGCGCCCGAGAGCAACGGCUGGGCGUCGAACGAAUCCGUCGCGGGCAUGGAGAGCGUGCUGCCGUUUUCGCCCAUCGCUGCCUCGCAGAUGGGGCGCGUGUACGCGCUUGAGCAAGGGGAUGACGGGCCGGAGCUCGCCGAGUGGAUACGGACGUCCAAGAUUGGGAUUCCGACCUUUAAGCGUGUGGGAGUUGUGAAUACCACGAUAGUGUGA